UUUCCUUUUUCCUGUGAUUUUUUGCCCAGAAGAAGAAGAAGAAGGUCGAGGAGGAAGAAGAAACAGGCGUCAUGGGAGAACGGAAGGUGCUAAACAAGUAUUAUCCACCGGACUUCGAUCCUUCGAAGCUUCAGCGGCUCCGGCGACCGAAGAACCAGCAGAUCAAGGUUCGUAUGAUGCUUCCGAUGAGUGUUCGAUGCAGUACCUGCGGAAACUAUAUCUACAAGGGAACCAAGUUCAAUUCCCGUAAAGAAGACGUCAUUGGCGAGACGUAUCUCGGAAUUCAAAUAUUCAGAUUCUACUUCAAGUGCACCAAGUGCUCUGCAGAGCUGACUAUGAAGACGGAUCCACAAAAUUCUGAUUACAUUGUCGAAUCUGGGGCAUCUCGUAAUUAUGAACCUUGGCGUGCAGAAGAUGAGGAGGUUGAUAAGGAUAAACAGAAAAGAGAUGCCGAGGAGAUGGGGGAUGCGAUGAAGUCCUUGGAGAACAGAACUUUGGAUUCUAAAAGAGAAAUGGACAUUAUAGCUGCACUUGAUGAAAUGAAAUCAAUGAAGUCUAGACAUGCUACUGUGAGUGUAGAUGCAAUGUUGGAGGCCUUGCAAAGAACAGGCGCUGAGAAGGUAAAACGUAUAGAAGAAGAAGAUGAAGCAGUUAUAAAGUCGAUAUUUGGUAAACAGAAAGAAGUUAUUAGGAGAAUUGCAGAUGAAGAAAUUGAUGAUGAUGAUUAUGAUAGCGACGAUUCUCCCAGCCUUCAGAAGGAGAAGAAAGGAUCAUCUUCAGAUCUUUCAAAGAAGAGAAAGGCAUCAGAAGAAAGUCCAAGCAACCCCACAGAUAUUUUGACUAGUUCUUCUACAGAAAAUCCAAAGGAGCCCAAGAAACGAGCUACCAGCAAACAACCCUUCAAAUCCGUUCACAUAACAGUCAUCAAGAAGCAAUCUCAACCAACUUCUUCGACGACUCCAGCUCCUGCAAAACCAGAGGAGAAGAAGGGUGGCGAUGCAGCUAACACCAGUUUAGCAUCUUUAUUCCAGAAUUAUGGUAGUGAUGAAGACGAAGAGUGAUUGUUUUUGUUCUCAACAAGUUCGCACUUUCACAGAUCUCAUAUCACUGUUUUAGAAUUCUAGCCAUCUUUGUACUGUUCAUAUAUGUGAGAUCUUUCAGAAUUUUUAGUUGAAAGUACAAUGCAUAUUUCCAGAAAUUUGUUCAUGAAAUUGUUUUUGCAGAUAAUAAACUGCAAUUGAUUUG